CAUUAGCAGUAUCUAAAAUACUUUUCAUUUGUUAUCAAUAACCAUGUAUACUGGAAUGCGUUGAACUUACACUUGGGUUAUACACUUGAGUUCCUUUUAAUUGUUGCUGCAACACAAGCCACGUGUUAUAUUUAUAUAAAACAACUACCACACACUAACACACUAAUUCGGGAUUUUAUAAAGAUGCCUUUUUUUGGGUCUCCUGGAAGCACCAUGGAAGAGGACGAGGACCCAAGUUACGAGUCAUACUUUGUCGAAGAGGAUAUGGAAAGUAUCAUAAGGCCUUUGGCGGCGAAAUUAACCUGGUAAUACAACAAGUUGAGUCAAGAAAUAUUGCUACUAAAGACUUCUUCACCAAAAAGGACCACUGUGCAUCUGAUCGACUACAAGAUGUUCAUUGCUGCUCGUCGCAUUCAAUCCUUCUGGCGUGGUUACCGCGUCCGAAAGCUACUCCACCUGCGCUGGCAGUCUGCAAUCGCCAUUCAGCGCUGGUGGCGCGGCUUUCGCACGCGGCAUAUCCUGUAUGAAAAAGUGGAGCGACGGUUGCAGGGUAUAAUUCACGAACACUUUCACCGGGCGGCAAUUCGCAUUCAGGCUUUGUUUAGGGGAUGGUGGGUCAGGAAGUUCAUCCACGAUGUGCGAAACUUGCAUCGGAUGCAAUGCACUGCCGCCGAGGAUCUGAUAAAUUGCAUAAUCCAUGAGAUGCAUCAUAUUAAAAAAACCGACUCCAUACCUGGGGUCAUCUCGCUGCGAAAUUCAGUGUGCCGUUCAAAAGUGGAAAAACUUUUGACCACAAUGAUAUUCAGAUUUCACAAUGGCCGGGUGUUAUCGAUGGUAGCCAACAGAAUGUCUCAAAAAGAAGAAUAUCGCAGGCACUUUAGGGACGCCAGAUUCGUUACCCAUAUUCCCUAUUCCGGACCCAACUUCGAUGGACUAUGUUAUGUGAGGGAAGAUGACCACAUUGUACUUAAAGAAGUACCUACAGAUUUGCGUUACUCGGAAAUAGUUACAGAAUACGAAGAGUCCCAACUACACGAGCAUUUAAGAGAAACCCAUCUGCGAUUUGAUUUACGCAAACUUCAAAGGCAAAUAGAUCACAUAAACUACCAAGAACUGCAUUUGAAGCGUAAGUUCUGUGCAGAUGUUAUAGAUCGUAUGCGUAAAUGGACUAUAUGGGAUAGCAUCAGUGCAAACCAUAAGCAAAAUAUUUAUGAAAGUCGAAAAAAUACACAAGUUUUCUUCAGGAGAGCGGAGCAUCUGAUGAGUGAUUUCUACGUUAGCAAAGCCGAAGAUUCCUACCAUGUCUUAAGCUUAAGCUCCUCCACAUAAAUUCCGAGUUAAACAUUUGACACAUUGUACGAAAUGCUCAAAAAUGUUAUUAAAACUUUUACUGAAUCUU